AUGAAUUGAAAUCUGCAUCGAGAAACAUCUGAAAACACUCACGCUGAAGUUAAUUUUUUAGUAUAAAUGUGGUUUAAAAAAGUUACAAUGCGAUUCGUGUUUUUAAUAGUGAUCAUACAGCAAAUAGGGGCAAUUGUGUCGUCGGAGUGCGGUGUUCGAAAAUUGAAAAUAAACCACGCUAUCGUGCAUGGACAACCGACAACCCACGGAGACUGGCCCUGGCAUGUUGCCGUUUAUCAUCGAGAAUAUUUAUCCAACAGUUACGCCUGUGGUGGCACUCUCAUCAGUGACUUGUUUGUACUAACUGCUAAUCACUGCGUUCGAGGGAUAAAUGGUUAUGUGCUGUCCAAGAGGAGGAUUUUCGUGCGAUUGGGUUUACAUGAUUUGAACGAACUUAACGCACAAACCUUCCAGCAGCACAAUGUCCAUCAUAUUCAUAGUUACACGGUUUCGAAUGAUCGCAAAAACGAUAUAGCGAUUUUGGAGCUGACCACGGUGGCAACUUUUACAGACUAUGUACAACCAGCGUGUUUGAAUUUGGUGGAAGAUCUGACUGAUCAAUUCGGAACUACCGUUGGAUGGGGCGCCGACGAAACGGACACAUUAUCUCCAACUUUGAAAAGCCAGCAUAUGCCAGUUGUCAGCACGAUGCAAUGUAUCGAGCAAAAUGAAGGCAUUUUCAGACUAGUGCUGGACAGUAGUACGUUCUGUGCUGGAUAUUUGAACGGAACCACCGUUUGUAACGGGGAUAGUGGGGGAGGACUUUAUUUUGAAAGAAACGGAGUUUGGCACGUCGGUGGAAUUGUUUCAUUUACUGCACCACGGAGUGCAGGCAACAGUAAAUGUGAUUUGAAAAGCUACGCCGGAUUUACCAAAGUAUAUUACUUUUUGCCCUGGAUUCGUAAGGUUACUGGUGAUCGUUUUGGAAAUGAAAAAACAGAAGGGAGUAACCAACUGCCUCAGGACUGUGGCAGAUACUUAGUCAACCGGAUCUUUGGCGGAACGAAUGCGAAAUUGCGUGAAUUCCCGUGGAUGGCUCGAUUAUUGUACACAAAUAAAACAACUGGCCAUCAGUAUCAAGCCUGCCACGGAUCGCUGAUUACCAAACGUUACGUUCUGACCAGUGCCUGGUGUGCCCUCCAUGAAACGAUUAAACCGGAUACAGUUUAUUUGGGCGAGUUCGACUACAGUCAGGAUCCAGAUUGCAACGUGAACGACGCAAGCGAUUGUGCUCCAUCAUUUCGAUCAGUUGACAUCGAGAGUAUCAUUGCCCAUCCACAGUAUGAUGCGGACGCUGACCGGCAUAAUGUUGCCUUGCUACGGCUUAACCAUAACGUUGAAUUCGAAGAUCACAUUCAGCCAAUUUGCCUUCCGGUUUCCCAAUCAUUGAGACAGCAAAGACUUCAACAGUUAAUCGUUUCCGGUUGGGGAUGGCUUAAGAGCACCAAAGACACUCCCAAAAUCCUGCAAAAGGCAGUCGUUCGCGUAUUCAAUCGAACUGAGUGCAAAAAUAAAUUACAUCCCCGUUACUACAUUGAAGAUGGUGCCAUAUGCACUGGAGGCGGUGGAACGCCCAACACGUGCGAAUGGGACUUGGGAACCCCGCUGGGUUAUCCAUCACGGUACAAUGAGCACGUUAGAUUUGUGCAAUAUGGAAUCACAUCGGCAAUUGGAUGUAAUUUUGCACCGUCAAUUAACACCUUUAUUCCACACUAUAUGGACUGGAUACUGAAUAAUCUAAGAUCAUGAAUAAAGAAAUAUCAGAAUAAAAUAUACCAAA